AUGCCUACUUUUAGCUGCAAAAGCCUUGCUUUUGGUUUCAUUCUAUUUAACUCGCUCCUGUUGACCGCCGCUCAACCGACACAGCCUCCUCUCUCCUGUGCUAAGGACACAGACUGCAUCUCUGGCUGCUGUGAUUUCUAUCUCGGUAAAUGCGCGCCUGUAGGAAGUCAGGCAUUUAACAAGAAUUGCGGGUUUGGCGGCCCUCAGCCGCGUAAACGCGAAGAAACCGAACCGUCUCCAACUACUUCGACAGCUCCUGCGGCUACUACUUCCUCAGAGACCCCUGGAGCUACUACUACUUCCUCAGAGACUCCUGGAGAAACUCCCACUUCCUCAGAGACUCCUGGAGAAACUCCUACUUCCUCAGAGACUCCUGGAGCUACUACUACUUCCUCGGAGACUCCUGGAGCUACUCCUACGUCCUCAGAGGCUCCUGGAGCUACCACUACUUCCUCAGAGACUCCUGGAGAAACUCCCACUUCCUCAGAGAUCCCGGGAGCUACUACCACUACUUCCUCAGAGACUCCUGAAACCACCACUACUUCCCCCCCUACUACGACUACAACUACGGCUGGGAACCUUCCAACAGACAAACCAGGCGAGGACCCAAUUCCAACAUCACAAACAACGAUGAUGACAGCCUCUUCAACUGUACCAGCAAACCCAACCAAUGGCCCGGGAAACGGUGCCGGAAAACAAUACAUCACUGGUGCCUGCUCGUCCGAUGCUGACUGUGCGUCUGGUUGUUGUGCAUUCGGUGACGGUCAUUGCCUGGGACCCAUUGAUGCUCUCGAGAAAUUUGGCGGAUGUGGCUUCGGUCAGCCAGUUCCCAAUACUCUUCCGGCCCAAAAGUGGAGAGAACAGUGGAAGGCAGGCACACAAUGA